AUGCUCAUUGGCUAUGAUGAACCUGUGUGGUCUGAUAAUGGCGUUUUCAAAAUUGAAGGCGGAUGCUAUGCCAAAUGCAUUGGCUUGAGUGCGGAAAAAGAACCAGAUAUUUACCAAGCCAUUUGGCAAUGCACUUAUCCCAUUGAGUUCAUUCCAAAUGCCAAGAUCCCGUGUUUGUCAACUGCCCAGCCCUUGAACGUUGUCUAUCUCACUUGCAAUGCAUAUGGCAUGUUGCUUACUUGCACCCAAGCCCAAUACUGGUUUUUGAUGGGGUACACUUCCAAAACCCCUGGAACUGAAGAUGCUUUUUCCACCUGCUUUGGCCAGCCUUUUGUAGUUCUUCAUCCUUUGAAAUAUGUGACCAUGUUGGCUGAAAGAAUGGACAAGGUCCAAGCCAAGUGCUGGCUUAUCAACACUGGAUGGGUUGGAGGCAAAUUUGGAGUAGGCUUGCAAUGCUCUCUCAAGUACACUUGCAAGCUGAUCAAUGUGAUUCACAACGGAAGCUUGGCAAAAGCCAAGUUUGAAAACUUUGAUGUCUUCAACCCUUCAAUCCCUAAGAGUUUACCGGAGGUCCCCAACACAGUGCUCAAUCCAGCCAAGGCCUGGAAAAACACCUCUCCUUUUGAGGCCAAUCAAAAGAAGUUGGCUACAAUGUUCAAAGACGCCUUCAAGAAGUACAAGAAAGAGGUCUUGCAAGACGUCAAAGACACUGGCCCUCAAGUCUAA